UCGCUGAUGAAUUUGAACAACGUUAAAUCUAUGUGCCUGCUGGAAGAUACGUUGAAGUCGUCUUGUAGAAAAUUUUUUGAGUGGCAUUGUGACAAACAGAUAAUAAAUUAUAAUAUGAGUCCUUUCUGUUGUAAAUCUUGGUCUUUGGGGAAUUACAUUGCAAUGAUUAACAAUAAAACUGAUUGCCUAGAACUAAUUGAAAACGAUUUGUUGAAAGUUGAAAGUCUCCUAAAAUGUUGUGCUAAUAAAAGCCCUGCGUAUAAUAAAACAUAUGUCGAGAAGUGCUUGAAUAAUUAUUCUGACGUCAACAACACCAGUUUGGAUAUGAGUCUUUGCACAUUUUACGCCCAUGAGCUCGACAUCGUUCGGAAGUACAUAGUUGAUAAAAAUUUUGGAAAAAGCGGGUUUCUUCUCAACGCAUUGUCAUUUGUUCCAUUAAGUUAUGGAAUAACUUCAAAAAAAUUUUUCCAAUGUGUUAUGAAUGUUGAUCUGAAAAAAAGCAAUAUUGAAAUAGUAGCAAUGAGUUAUGAUUUUAAACACAAUAUUUUUGAUGAACAAUUAUUGUCUGACUCACUGUUCAUUCUUCUUAGUGCUGUUUGUGUUAUUAUUUUGUUAUUCUUGUACACCAGAUCGAUUUUUAUAACGUUAUCUACUGUAAUUAUGAUUUUUUAUUCCGUUGUUUUUUCCUAUUUUAUCUAUUCGUACAUCUUAUCUAUUCAAUUCUUUCCUUUUAUGAAUCUCUUAACAUUCAUAAUAUUGAUUUCAACCGGAGUUGAUAAUGUAUUUAUUAUAUUUCAUGAUUGGUACGUCACAUUUUCGAACAGUAAUUCACUAACAACACAGAGUUGCCUUCAAAUAAACCUCAAACACAGCUUUAAGUCUAUUUUUCUUACCAGCCUAACUACUUCAACGGCGUUUCUCUCUGGUUAUAUGAACAAUAUCAUUGUUUUGAAAUGCUUUGCUUUGUAUUCAAGUAUUGCAUUGCUUUCGUACUUUUUAAUGGCAUCAUUCAUGGUUCCUGCGAUAAUAAUUUUACAUUGCAAAAUUUCUUCUAUUUCAUGCUUGAAUAUUACCUCAUUUAAACAUUUUUUUGACAGGGUCGACUUUCACCUAGGCAUGUAUUUUAAUAGAUUUAUUACUUCACUUGUGGUUAAGUUGAGGUGGCUGUGGAUAUCCAGUUUUAUUUUUAUAUCUUUGUCAUCAUUUUUCAUAAUUUUUAUACGUCCAAAACUGAAAAUUACUCAAUCGAGUUCACUGAAGUUGUUCGUAGAUUGGCAUCCUUCAGAGAUUUUUGAUGAAAUUAUUAAUUCCAGAUUUAAUUUCACAGUUUCAGACGAGGCAACGAGCUUACCCAUUGUAUUUGUUUGGGGUGUUAAAUUGGAAAAACCUCUAUCGAGGUUAAACAUUGACGACGAAUAUAAUGUAACCUACGACGAGUCGUUUAAUCUCUUCACGUCUGCAGCGCAGUUAUUUUUAGUGGAUUUCUGCAAGAAAAUAAGAAAAUCUUCGUUUUAUGCUCGUGAACCAGGUAUAAAAAAGCAUAGCUGCUUUAUUGAAUCAUUUCAAAAAUUGAUGUCUCGCAAAUGCGUAAAUGUUUAUGGUGCAGAUCUUCACCCUUGUUGCUCCUCUACAAAGUUUCCAUAUCCCGAAAAAAUUUUUAAGCAUUGUUUAUUUUUUUUGCUUCCAGAAAUGUCAACGAAUUAUUUUUUUGAUCAAACUGGGGUUCGUUUUGAUCCGAGUUUUUCUCAGGUGAUUGCAUUAGUCAUUGAAUUUCCAAGCAACCAAACUAUCAAGUCUAGUUACGAAGAUUAUAAGAAGUUCUACCAUUAUAUGAGUAAUUUUACUAAACUGGCCAUGGAGCUAGAUGCACCUGAAGAACUACGUGGAGGCUGGUUUACAAGUAUUUUGAAUUUUUAUGAUUUACAAGAAAGCAUUAUCACGGUCACACCCCUGUCACUGAUUAUAUCUGUAUUAGUCGCGGCUCUGUUUGCUCUUAUAGUUACUGGCAAUAUUAUUCUUACAUGUUUUGUUGUGCUGAAUAUAACGUGCUCCUUAGUAAUAACAACUGCCAUUUUGGUCUUGAUUGGUUGGUCCUUAGAUAUCUUUGAAUCGAUAGCAAUAUCUUUGACAGUUGGAUUAUCAGUAGAUUUUGUUUUACAUUACGUGAAUGCAUACCAACACACGAAUGGAGCAGAUAGACAUACAAGAGUGAACGAAACUAUCAAGGUAAGUGGUGCUAUUACUUAUGCAGCCUUAUCAACUUUUUCUGUUGGAUUGUCCUUGAUACCGUCUAAAGUUCUUGCCUAUAAGCAAAUAUCUUCUUUUCUUGUUGUGGUAAUAGCGACGAGUUGGUUGUCUUCUUGUUUAUUCAAUCUUUCAAUACUUUAUGUUGCCGGUCCACUAAAGAACUUUGGGCAAUUACCUUCAAGUUGUUUACGGAAGAAAUGUCAAAGUGUUGAAAAAUGA